CAUUCUGGGAGCGUACUCUGGGAACUGCCACCAGAGGCACUUCCGUUCCAAGAAGGCGAGGCCGGGCUGUGAUUGCUGCUACUAAGAGCGCAGCCUUUUCCCAGCAGGAGGAGGAACAAAAUGACCAAGUUCCAGGAGCCAGUGGUGUUCAAGGACGUAGCUGUGGUCUUCACGGAGGAGGAGCUGGGGCUGCUGGACUCUGCCCAGAGGCAGCUAUACCGAGAUGUGAUGCUGGAGACCUUCAGGAAUCUGCUGUCGCUGGGACCCCCGUUUUCAAAACCAGAUCUGAUAUCCCAGUUGGAGAGAGAGGAAAAGCUUUGGGUGACCGAGAUCCAACUUCAGAGAGGAGGUCGGCAUCAAGAUGAGAUGGAGACUCUUCAGGAAGUGGGAAUAGAGCACCUUCCCGUGGGAGAGCUUCCAUGCUGGAAAAUCAGGAGACAUGAUGUCAACAGAUCAACCGGAAAUCAAAACUUCAUGAUAAAUAAUCCAGGAAAGAGGUCUCCGUUCCCUAGACGCAACUCCUCCUAUCAGGUGGGAGGAAGAGGAUCUAUUGUGGUUUCUGUGGAUGACAGCUGCUUAGUGAACCUUAUAGAAGAUCAUUCCAAUAUAAUUGAAAAUCGAGACUUUCUAACUAGGAAAGCUCAGAAUUCUUUGGGUAAUAUGUAUUUGAAUGAGACACAGAAUUACCAGAGAAGCUGUCAGCAGACUCAGAUGAGAAACAGCUUAUGUUUCUUUGCUCCAUGUGUUGACAUUUUCAGUCAUGUUUCACAACACCAUGGUGAUGACCCUGUGCAUGAAGGAGAGAAAGCGCCUGACAGUGACUGUGGUAAAGACAACUUAAAGGCAUCACCUUUGGCCCAGCCAGGUACAGUUUGCACAGGCCAGAAAACUCACCCGUGUGGAGAAUGUGAGAAAGCCUUCAGCAAUGUUUCCGGUCUUGAACUUCAGCAGGUCCACGUGGGAAAGAAGUCCCUGACAUACAGGACCCAGGAGAAGGACACAAGUUACAGCUCUGCCGAUGCCAGUGUCCACACAGGGAAGAAGCGCUAUUGGUGUCAUGAGUGCGGGAAGGGCUUUAGUCAGAGCUCCAACCUGCAGACUCACCAGAGAGUCCACACAGGGGAGAAGCCUUAUUCAUGCCUUGAGUGUGGUAAGAGCUUUAAUCAGACCUCACAUCUCUAUGCUCAUCUGCCUAUUCACACAGGAGAGAAGCCUUAUAGAUGUGACAGUUGUGGAAAAGGCUUCAGUCGCAGCACAGACCUGAAUAUUCAUUGCCGAGUUCACACCGGAGAGAAACCUUAUAAAUGUGAGGUAUGUGGGAAAGGCUUCACUCAGAGAUCACAUCUUCAGGCCCAUGAAAGAAUCCACACUGGAGAGAAGCCAUAUAAAUGUGGAGAUUGUGGCAAACGCUUUAGUUGUAGCUCAAAUCUUCACACCCACCAGAGAGUCCACACCGAAGAAAAACCAUACAAAUGUGAUGAGUGUGGUAAGUGCUUUAGUUUGAGCUUUAACCUUCACAGUCACCAGAGAGUCCACACAGGAGAGAAACCAUAUAAAUGUGAAGAGUGUGGCAAGGGUUUUAGUUCAGCCUCAAGUUUCCAGAGCCAUCAGAGGGUUCACACAGGAGAGAAACCAUUUCGAUGUAAUGUGUGUGGGAAGGGCUUCAGUCAGAGCUCAUAUUUUCAAGCCCACCAGCGAGUCCACACUGGAGAAAAACCAUAUAAAUGUGAGGUGUGUGGGAAGCGCUUCAAUUGGAGCUUGAAUCUUCACAACCAUCAGAGAGUCCACACAGGAGAGAAACCUUAUAAAUGUGAGGAGUGUGGUAAAGGUUUUAGUCAGGCCUCAAAUCUACAAGCUCAUCAGAGUGUCCACACUGGAGAAAAACCAUUCAAAUGUGAUGCGUGUCAGAAACGAUUCAGUCAGGCUUCACAUCUUCAAGCCCAUCAGAGAGUCCACACCGGAGAGAAGCCAUUUAAAUGUGAUACUUGUGGUAAGGCCUUCAGCCAGAGGUCAAAUCUGCAGGUCCAUCAGAUUAUCCACACUGGAGAGAAACCAUUUAAAUGUGAGGAGUGUGGCAAAGAAUUCAGCUGGAGUGCUGGGCUCAGUGCUCAUCAGCGUGUUCACACAGGAGAGAAGCCCUAUACUUGUCAGCAGUGUGGUAAGGGCUUCAGUCAGGCCUCACAUUUUCACACACAUCAGAGGGUCCACACUGGAGAGAGACCAUAUGUAUGUGAUGUCUGUUGUAAGGGCUUUAGUCAGAGAUCACAUCUUGUAUACCAUCAGAGAGUCCACACCGCCGGAAACCUGUAGAAAUGAGGGCUGCAGUAUAGCUUUCAGUCAGAGUAAACAUCUGCAUCUCCACUGGAAAGUUCCCUCAUGACUCAAAAGCUUCAAGAAACCUUCAUGGGAAAGCAGCCCUCUCACAGUGCUGUUUAAGCGAUUCUGUUAGGAAAUGAAUUAUUUACAAAAUCAGAUCACAGAUAUAACUGAUAUCUUCUAUAAACGUGUUCAGUGUUUACACUAGAGUUGCAGAUGUCCCCAUUCUCAAGAUGUGACACAACAGGAGACUCUCCAAAAUCUACCACAUCUACCUAGGAGACAGGCCUUAUAAAUGAGGAUUAAGAUUAUGGUUAGAACUUUUAAAAGCAUGAGGAUAAAAAUCAGUCAACUCCAAUGUAAGCUCCAUGUGGGGAGGGUGUGCCCACCACUGUAUCUACUGUGUAGAGCUCUGCUUGGCUCACAGCAGGUGCCCAUCAAUGACUGAAUGGGGAAAAUUUCCACAAUUAGGAUAAAUAUUUCAGUAUCCUAGCCAGUUCCCCACCCUAAAUUCAUCGUAACUUAGACUCAAAUCCUGCAAGUAGCCUUAAUAAUAAUUUCAGGACAAAAAAAAAAAAUCAUGUAAUACUGUCAUUCACCACAGUACGUUGGGACAAGACUUAUGAAUGAGUCUCAGUUCUAUGUACAGUGUACUGUCCUUUAUGUACAGAGUAAUAUUUUAUCAUUAGUUUGUACUUUAUAGACUGAAAUAUACUGGUUUUUUUAUAUGACAUUGCCAUUUAUAUGAUUGUGAAUUUUGAAAUCUAACUCGUUAAGGUACUGUAUCUCCAGCUAAACCAUUACAUUUAAUGAGAUUUCAAUCGAUGGAAUACAUUUUUUUUUUUUAAGAUUGUAUAUAUUUACUUUUGUAUAGAAGAGCUGGGGUACAGGCCAGAGGUGCAGGGCGUGAGAGGAUUCACCAGAGACAGAGUGGGGAGCAGGACAGGCGGACUGACUGAAACACACUGCUGAGGGGAGCAGCAGGCGAGUUAGGAGAGGUCUGCUGCGCCAUGUGGGUCAGCUCCCUGGCUGGGGAUCUAACCAGGCCAGGCUGUCUGGGUGAUAGCCCUGAGACUUCAUCCCUACGCCACCAGGGAGGCCCCUGUGUAGACUUGUCAUUCCUCCCCCACCUGCCUCCAUUUUAGGGAGAAAAUAGGGGUGAAAGGAGAUGAAAUGAACAUCCUUGAAAUCUGCCAACAGCUCUGGCUGGAAAAAGGGGUACACAUAAAGGAGGCAAUCUGACUUAACCGUAAAUGGAAAUAAGAAAGCAGGUAUUAACAAUUGCAGUUUACUAAGCUUUUGGUCCCCAGAAACUCCUUGCAGAGUCACAGUGCUCUGACCUGUGCUCUCUGCCUUCACCAUUACUGUAACUGCAGUCUUUAGUUUCUGUAAUCUGUAGUUUCAAGUAUCAUAGAAUUCUUUCUAGUUUUCCCCAUUUAUGUUUACUAACUUAACCAAGAGUCAGAGGUUGGCCCUAGUGUCCUCCAUUUACUCAUUUGUACAGUCUUCCAGUCCUCAGCCAGUAGUAGUUGUAGAGUCAUUUCAGAAAUCAAAAAAAAAAAAAAAAAAUGUAGAUUUGUCUGCAAGCCUUUUUCUCCUUAGAUCAAGUCAUUUAGACAAAAGUUCUUUAAAGUUACUGGGCCUACUUCUUUUUAAAUCCCAUUUAAUUUAAUUAUGUUAUUAAUUUGAAGUAAGAUGAGGUGUUUGGUUUAUAUUCUUAGAAGUUCUUUUCCCAUGAUUUGAUUUGGAAAAGUUGAGAAACUAAUUCCGCCGGUACCAUAUUUGUUUUUGAAAACACAGGAAAGCAUGACCAAUUCUCAAGAGAAAAGAAAAUGAUGGUCAACCUUGAGAGACUCCAGAUGUUGAAACUAGUAGACAAAAGAAUUGCUCAAAGAGGCCUCCCCUAGUGGCGCAGGCGGUUGAGUGUCUGCAGCACAGGUUUGAUCCUGGCCAGCAGGCGAGAUGCCCACAUGGUGCGGCAGACCUCUCCUGUCUUGCCCACUGCUCCCCUCGUUAGUCUGACUGUUCUGUUCCUCACUCUGUUUCUGGCGAAUCCUCUCACCCUCUCACACAUCUGGCCUGUACCCCAGUUCUUGUAUAAACAAAUAUUUAAAAUAAACUUAAAAAAAAUUGUUAAAAGAUAUUAUAAGAUGUAAGGGAAAAUAACACAUUGAAGGAAAAGAUAAAUCUCAGUUGAAAAACAAAAAAAAAUGAGAAUUUGAGAACAAAAAAAAACAGUAUCUGAAGUAAAUUCACUAGAUUAAGAGAGUAGAAAUGAGAAAGAAAUUAAUCAACUUUCAAGUUAGGUGAAAUGUAUGAAUCCCUUGAAAGACCCAAUCUGCCAAAACACAUACAUAGGCCUAUUUCUAAUAAGGAAAUUGAACCAGUAAUUAAUAACCUCCCCCCCAAAAUGCACUAAGCCUAGAUAGUUUCACUAGUGAAGUCUACCAAAUAUUUAAGGGAGAUGUUAUUCACAUUCAACACAGUAUUUUCCAGAAAAUGAAAUGGAAUAUUCUAAUACCAAAAUCUGAUAAAGUCAUUACAACACAAGAAGGAAAAUUGCUGACUCUUGAACUAUGGGGGGCUAGGAAUAUCAACGCCCCCACAAGUAAAAAAUCCAUAUGUAACUUGAUUACCACAAAAUUUUGGUCAUCCCUUCAUGUCUAUAAGGGAUUGGUUUCAGGAUUACACACAAAAAAUCUACAGAUGCUCAAGUUCCUUAAGUUGGUUCUCCAUAUCCAUGGGUUCCACACCCACAGAUGCAAUCAGCUAACAUCCAUGGUUGGGUGAAUCUAAACGCAGAACCCAUGGGUGUGGAGGGACUAUUAAUUGGAAAGUGGGCCUGCAUGGUUCAAAACCAUGUUGGUCGAGGGUUACCUGUACAGACCAAUACUCAAGAACACAGAUGUAAAAGUUCUUAAGAAGAUAUUAGCAGAUCCAAUCCAAUGGUGUAUGAAAAGAAUUGCCACAACCAUGUGUGAUUUAUCUCAGAUACACAAACCUGGUUUAACAUUUGAGUAUCAAAGUAGCCCAUCGCCUCAACAGGCUAAAGGAGAAAAAAUAUGAUCCUAUCAAUAGAUGCAGAAAAUGUACUUGACAAAAUGUAACACUUAAGAGUUACACUAAAGUUUAGUAAACUAGAAACAGAAGGGACUGUCCUCAUCUUGAUAAUGAACAGCUACCGAAACACCUACAGAAACAAUAUAUUUUUUUAAAGAUUUAUUUAUGUAAGAACUGGGGUACAGUCAGAGGCACAGGAGGUGAAGGAAUCUACCAGAGACAGAGCGGGGAGCAGAACAGGCAGACAGACCGAAGACACUAAUGAGGGGAGCAGCAGGUGAGACAGGAGAGGUCUGCCGUGCCACGUGGGUUGCUCCGUGGCCAUCCAGGAAUCAAACCCGCGCUGCAGAGGCUGCGGACAGCUUCAGAGCACUGCGUUCAACCCGCUGCGCCACCGGGGAGGCCCCAGAAACAAUACUUAAUGAUGGGAAAAACAGAUGCUUUCUCCCACAGAUCAGCGAUAAGGCAAAGGUGUUGCUCACACCCUUCAUCUUUAAAAUUGUACUAGAAGUCCUAGCUACUGCAAUAAGACAGGAGAUAGGUGGUCAAAAAAGUGCCUGAAUCAUAAGUGAAGGAAACCUAUUUAUCGCUCUUAAUCCCCAGAUCAGAAACACUGGUGGGCUCCAUCUCAGCAACUUUGUGCUAAUGUUAGCACCUGUGCGCUCCAUGUUGGAACCUACUUCCCAGCCUACUGGAAACAGUGAUCCCUGCUAAGAGCUCUGCGCACCCCUAACCCCACAUCAUAGUUUGGGGCCUGGAACCUCAGCCCAUCCCCACAGGUACCUAGUACUGCCUUGCACCACACCUGGUACCUGCAACCACUUAAAAAAAAAAAAGGAAAAUCUUUAAACACAUGGAGACCAAACAAUAUACUGCUGAAUAGUUACUGGAUUUAAGAAGAAAGUAAAACCAAAAAAGUGAGGCUAGAAGCUAUCAGAAUGUAUGGGAUGCAGCAAAAGGGGUGUAAAGAGGGGAGAGAACUGCAACACACACCCAAAUUAAGAAGAAACAAUAGUACAUCUGAUGUUAGAAGGAAAUAAGAGCAGAAAUAAAUGAAAUAGAAAUGAGAAUGGCCAUACAAAAGAUCAGUGGAACUAAGAGUUGGUUCUUGAGUAAGAUGAAGAUAAAACAAAGCUCUAGCAAGGAGAGAAAAUAUUAACAGAAAUGAGGAGAAAUUACCACAGAUGAACAUCUAUAUGGAAAAAACCAAAACAUGAAACCAGACUCAGACUUAUACCCUUCACAAAGCUCUCAAGAUGUGGUUAUAAACCAAAAAGAAAUAUGCAAAGUUCUUAAGACUUCUAGAAGGUAUUAUGAGAACAUCUAGACAGCCUUGUUUUUGGCCAUGACUUAUUGGCUGUAACACCAAAAGCACGUCCUAAAGGGGAAAUGUUAGACUUAAAAUUAAUUUUUUUCUGCUGUAGACACUUAAAAGAAUGAGAGACAAGCUGCAGAUUGGAGGGAAAUAUUUGCAAAAUAAAUCUCUAAGAUAGUUUGCAGCCAAGAUAUAGAAAGCCUUUAAAAGUCAGGAAGGAAAACUUCAAAAUGGGCCCCCCCCAAAAAAAAAUCAGAGAAGACACGUUAUCAAAGAAGAAACAGCUGGAAAAUAAGCUCAUGAAAAAGACAUACUGUCACCAGGGAGUUGUACAAUGAAACAGCAAGAAGCACUGCAGUGGGAGUGCCUGUUCACCGCUGGUGGGAAGCAAGAUGGGAGUCACUUUGGAAGCUGGCCAGUUUAGACACAACAUUUUCUUACCAUGUAACCCAGCGAGGAGUACCUACCCAAUUUGGUUGACAACUUGCCUAUUCAAAAACCUGCAUAUGGGGGCCUUGCUGGUGGCACAAGAGGUUAAAUCUCAGCACUAUGAAGCUAUUAAUAGCCACUGCAGCACGAGUUCAAUCCCCAGCCAGGUUGCUGCCCCACAUGGCACGGCAGACCUCUCCUGUCUCGCCCACUGCAGUGCUUGCUGUUUCGGCGUACAACUUCCUGGUGACAUGAUGUGUCUUUUUCAUGAGCUUAUUUUCCACCUGUUUAUUCUUUGAUAAUGUGUCUUCUCUGAUCUUUUUUUUUGCCCAUUUUAAAGUUUUCCUUAUUGACUUUUAAAGGCCUGCUUCUGUUUCAGUCAGUCUGCCUGUUCUCUUCCCCACUCUGUCUCUGGUGAAUCCUCUCACUCCCUGCAACUCUGGCCUACACCCCAGCUCUUGUAUGCAUAAAUAAAUCAGUCUUUUUUUUAAAAAUCCCUGCAUGUGGAUGUUUACAGUAGCUUUAUUCAUAAUCACCAAAAACUGGAGGCAGUGAAGAAGUCCUUCCAUAGGUAAAUGGUUACACUGGAACACCCAUACAAUGGAUAAUGAAUAAAGAAAUGCAUCAACAAGCCACCGAAAGACCAGGUGUAAUUUUAAAGAUAGCGAAAUGAAAGGCUCUAGUGUAAAAUGCUACAUAUUGUAUGAUUCCAACCACGUGAUAUUCCAGAAGACAAACAGACAGACCAAUGGUUUGAGAAGAGCAGAAGGGAAGGAUGGGUAAGUGGUACACAAAGGCCAAGUUAACUAUUCUGUAUAACUGUUACACGAAAUCCAUGACAUGCAUUUGUCAGGAGCUUUAGGCUUGUGCAACAGAAGAGUGAACCCUCAUAUAAACUAUAAUAAUGUAUCAACAUCACCAAAUCAACUGUAAGCAAUUGUGCAAGAUGUAAUAUUAAAAAUGGAGAGCAUAGGAGAAAAAGGGUAUAUGGGACCUCUACUAUCAUUUUCUGUAAACAUAAAAACUUUUUUUGUUUUGCAUAGAAGAACUGGGGUACAGGCCAGAGGUGCAGGGUGGUGAGAGGAUUCACCAGAGACAGAGUGGGGAGCAGAACAGGCAGAUCUACUGUAAUACACUGCUGAGGGGAGCAGCGGGCGAGUCAGGAAAGGUCUCCUGCCCCAUGUGGGUCAGCUCCCUGGCCAAGGCUGGAACACAGGCCUUAGUGGUAACAGCACUGAGACUUAACCCCUAGCGCACAAGGAGGCCUAUAAACAUAAAAUUUCUCUAAAACAUUUAUUAAUUACAAAUAUAAUAACCAAAUAAGGUCACUAGGUAACUAUAAUAGCAGAACGGAAAUGACAGAGGAAAUUGGCAGCGAACGUGAAGAUAGAAUACUAGAAGUGAUCAACUCUGAAGAACAGAAAAGCUAAAAAACAGAACCACUGAGACCCAAAGGAGAAAAAUCAAGAAGUAUAAUUUAUGUGUACUUAUAGUUCCAGAAUGAGGGGUAGGGAGAGUGUUUGGCUUUUCUCCAGAAAUUAGCCAAAGGCUUGUAGCACCUGAGCAAAUGUCUGGUCAAGGGGAACACCAAAGGCAGCUGAAUUUCAUUAAGAACAAUCUUUGUGGCUUCAUUUAGCCUAGUCUCCUCUCCCACUUCCUAGCUCUGCAGCAGCCUUGGAGACUAGGAGUAAUGGAAGCAGUGAGUGAGCAACACAAAAAUAGGCACAUUACACUUACCAAAUUAAAAUUUUUUGCAAAGGACACUAUCAAGAAGCCAGUAAGACAACACACAGGAUGGUGGAAAACAUUUUUCAAAUCACACAUCUGAUAGGAACUUUUGUCUAGAAUGCAUAAAGAACCUAACAUAAAACCUCUUUUGGAGGCAUAAGAGCAGAACUGGCCUCCACAGACGAGUCAUUGCACCAAGCUGCUGACUCCCAAUGUUUUACCAUCAUGGUGGCCUGAGGCGCCCUGCAAUUGUGUAAACCAUGAACUAAUCAAAAAACCUGAAAGAAAAAGCUAAGGAGCAAGAAAAAGCCCCAAAGGGGCCUCAAAAACACAAAUACCUUGAAAGGAAGGGGAAAGUUAGCAUGCAAACAACUAAAAAAGACCUGGAGUGCUCUCACAUCAGAAAACAUACACUUCAGGAGGAAAAUCAUGUCUCUGGAGGGCAUUUUAUAAAUGAUAAAGGGGUCAGUCCCACAGAAUUUUCCAUUUUACUGUAGGUCUGCAAAUUUUCAUAGUGCGAUGUUAAGAAACCUGAGAGACACGGCAAAUGUGAGAAACCAGAGAUGAAUCAAACAAACCAUGUGAUUUAUGACAGAUAAAAUGUCAGAACAGUGGUUUUUUGGGGGAGGAGUUGGGAGU